CAGGGGCGGGGCCGGGCGCCCUUCAUCCCCCGCCGCUGCGCUCAGCCGGGAGCAGAGCGGACAGCGCCAGCCAGAGCGGAGCGCCGUGCGUCCCCCACCCGCCGGGCCAGACUUCCACGUCACUGUGAGAGCCAGCACUCCUGGCUGUGGCUCCUGACCAUGGAGGCGCCUCUGCAGACAGAAAUGGUGGAGCUGGUGCCCAAUGGCAAACACUCGGAGGGGCUGCUCCCAGGCACCAACCCCACAGCAGGCAACCAGAGGGUUGAGGGCCCCAGACGGAGCUGCGUGGAGGGCGAGGGCUUCCUCCAGAAAAGCCCCAGCAAGGAGACACACUUCACUGAUUUUGAGGGGAAGACCUCAUUUGGGAUGUCGGUGUUCAACCUCAGUAAUGCCAUCAUGGGCAGCGGCAUCCUGGGGCUCGCCUAUGCCAUGGCCAACACGGGCAUCAUCCUUUUCCUGUUCCUGCUGACGGCCGUCGCCCUGCUCUCCAGCUACUCCAUCCACCUGCUGCUUAAGUCCUCAGGGAUCGUGGGCAUCCGUGCCUAUGAGCAGCUGGGCUACCGGGCCUUUGGGACCCCUGGGAAGCUGGCAGCAGCCCUAGCCAUCACACUGCAGAAUAUUGGAGCCAUGUCCAGCUACCUGUACAUCAUCAAGUCUGAGCUGCCCCUUGUCAUACAGACCUUCCUGAACCUGGAGGAGCAAACCUCAGAAGACAGCCAGGCCCUGCCCUUGGCCACACAGCCCAGGGACUGGUACAUGAAUGGGAACUACCUGGUGAUCCUAGUUUCUGUCACCGUCAUUCUGCCUCUGGCGCUGAUGCGGCAGCUUGGCUACCUGGGUUACUCCAGCGGCUUCUCUCUCAGCUGCAUGGUGUUCUUCCUAAUCGCAGUCAUUUACAAGAAGUUCCAUGUGCCCUGCCCACUGCCCCUCAACUUUGCCAACGUCACAGGCAACUUCAGCCUCAUGGAGGUCACCAAGGAGGAGGCAUCACUGCAGUCUGAGACCCAGACCGAAGCCCUCUGCACCCCAAGCUACUUCACACUCAACUCCCAGACGGCGUACACCAUCCCCAUCAUGGCCUUUGCCUUCGUCUGCCAUCCUGAGGUGCUGCCCAUCUAUACAGAGCUUAAGGAUCCCUCCAAGAGGAAGAUGCAGCACAUCUCCAACCUGUCCAUCUCCGUCAUGUAUGUCAUGUACUUCCUGGCUGCCCUCUUCGGCUACCUCACCUUCUACGACGGAGUGGAGUCGGAGCUCCUGCACACCUACAGCAAGGUGGACCCGUUUGACGUGCUGAUCCUCUGCGUGCGUGUGGCCGUGCUCACAGCGGUCACGCUCACCGUGCCAAUCGUUCUGUUUCCGGUGCGCCGUGCCAUCCAGCAGAUGCUGUUUAAGAACCAGGAGUUCAAUUGGCUGCGGCACACACUCAUUGCCAUUGGCCUGCUCACUUGCAUCAACCUGCUGGUUAUCUUCGCUCCUAACAUCCUGGGCAUCUUCGGGGUUAUCGGUGCCACAUCGGCCCCGUGCCUCAUCUUCAUCUUCCCUGCAAUCUUCUACUUCCGCAUCAUACCCACUGAGAGGGAGCCUGCAAAGUCCACCCCCAAAAUCUUGGCACUUUGUUUCGCUGUGCUUGGCCUCCUUCUGAUGACCAUGAGCUUGAGCUUCAUCAUCAUUGACUGGGUGUCAGGGACCGGCCAGCAUGGAGGAAGCCACUAGGAGGAGACACCCAUCCUGUUCUGUCUACUCGUCCAAGUACCCCUGCCCAGAGUCUUAAGUCCCUGCUCCCAUCCAGACAAGGGGGAGGAGAAAGACGUGGUUAACAUUAUGGCAUUGGGCCCUGCCUCAUGUCCUCUCCAUGGAAGGUUUUAGCUAGAGCCAGGACCAGGGCCCUUGGGCCACUACCUUGCUGGGCUCCCAUACUAUAGGGGAUUCAUGGGCUGCGAGCAGGGUGGGGCUGUACCCUUGCUCCCUCCCUCUUGCCUCAGGUCCCCCCCAAGCCUCUGUUCACCUUGCACAGAUGCAUACAUUGAGGCCCAGCUGCUGCCUCCUGAGGUCACACAGCCUGUAGGGUACAUAGAGCUGGAACCUAGACCUGCAGCCAUCUCCCCACUUGCUGCUGGGGCAUGGUCUGCACCCUGGGGCCUCAUCUCCCUCAGCGCACUUGCCUUUUUCCACUUCUGUCCCCGAAGCCCCUUUUAGGCACUAGGCUACUCUUGUCUCCUUCUCCCGUCCCCGUCACCAGAAGCAGCAGCCCCCCCCCCAUACCUGGAGCCAGCAAGUUCUUUUGAGUGUGAGGCUGGUGUGGGCACCCCCAAGGGACCCCUACCCUGGCCUUUCACCAGUUCUGGGGAGGCUGGGACUCCCCCCACCCCCACCCCAAGCCUGGGCCAUAGCUCACAUUCCACUUCUGGGAGAAGAAAGAAGCUGGGACCGGAGUGUCUCUGCCCCUGGGAGCCGAACACCCCGGGGGCUGCUCUGGGGCAGGAGUGGAGAGGCAGUGGGCUGCCUUUUAUAAAUAUCAUACAUCAGA